AUGGCUUCCGCAUCGUUUACUGCGGCGGUGGCAGUGGCUCUUUGCGCUCUGUUGUCUUUGGCAGAGGUGUGCGAGGAGCAUUCCGACACAUCCUUGCUGCAGGGUCACUUUGCGGCAGUUUCGCCACAUGCAGUCGAGCAACAACAUUCCAGCUUGCGCCAAGAUAAAGAAAAGUGGCCGCUCAGUGGGGAAACCCAUAUCUUGUCAGAGGAAGAGACGGCCGAGUAUUCGUCGUGGUUCACAUCAGACCUGCUCCCAAAGUGGGAGAAUCGCAACCUGGAGUCCACGUGGAAGCUGCAAACAACCAUCACCAUCAAGCAGCCAGCGCAAACAGUCUUCGAUGCCAUCAUGACCUCGAACAUGUGGCCUGUCUGCUACCCCAACACGCUCAGUGUGGGCGGGUUCUCGCAUCAGCCCUUCACACCCGAGACACCAGCGGGCAUGAUCUUGGAGAAGUUCUUGUGGGCUGGUGCUUUCUACUCUCUCUUCCGUUACCAGGUUGAAGACUACCAGCCUCCUUCAUUUGCAACCUUUGAUGGUGCAAUCAUCUUCUCCGUGGGCGAUGUGAUCGCUCAGGAUGCCGUCGACACCAUCGGCGGACGCUUCCAGUACAAUCUGACGUCCACCGGGCCAAAUGAGACAAGCUGGACACGAACCGUGUAUUUCUACCAGGACAAGAGCGCCACGCUACUUCAGCAAACGGCUUUUGCCACCAUGAUGAACACGGUCAUUUUCCCUGCACAGAAGAAAGGGGCACCCCAGUACGUGAACUGCGCGAAGAUCUUCCUUGAAACCCCUGGUUGGGAACGGGAGUUGUGGGGCUCGAGCAAGUAG